AUCGCUAUAUUGAUUCUUAUGUAAUCCAACUAUCUAACGUACUCUGCACCCGUGACUCUUGAUCUAAUGCCUCAAGAGCGAAUUCUAAACGCUCGAGGCCUCGUAAAUAGUCUGAUUUAAGAGCCUCUUGUUCUUCAGUAAACUCAAUCAGAACCUGUAGUGCUUGACGAGCGCUCUUCACAGAAUGUAAAAAACGCUCUAAUUGCAACUCUUCUUCAUCAUCAUCUUGAGUUUGCUGAAGACCUAAAUGCUCAUCAAUAACCUCCUAUAAUUAUAGUGACUCCACACAGUCAUAUACGACCGAUCCAACUGGCAAAAAUGCAAAAAAAAUCGACACCUGAGUGAUUCGAACACUCGCUCCCGAAGGAAAUGCCUAAAUACUUCCUAUGGAAAUAGCAGGGCAUCGCGUUAACCACUCCGCCAAAGUGCCGGAUUUGACUUAGUGGCCCUUAUGGUGAAUUAAAUAGCUGUCACGACUCCUCAUUUCGAGAACACCCAAGUUCGAAAUAUACCCCCCUUUGCCUUGUGACAAAUAACGCACUCCUCACGACCUCACGCCAUAGAACGUAUACAGCUUUCCAAGCUCCCAACAUCUCAAAUGUGGGGAAAGCCGACACCGACGACGCGAUAACGAUAACGACCCGGCUGCUCCAGUCCAGCUCUCGUCUCGGAGCCUCCCCAAAACCACAACCACAACCAUCACCAUAACCCCAUCCUCCCCAACGCCACACGCCAUGGCCGACACCACCCCCCCUUCUCCCCCCGCCCCCGCACCUCCCAUCGCGAACUACAUCCUAGGCUUCCUCCUGAUCGGACUGGCCUGGGGCUUCACCACACCCUUCAUCCGUGCCGCGGCGCGCUCGCACAAGCCUCCCGCCCAUCCGAUUCUCGAGACCGCGGCUGUGAAGGGGAGUAGGAUUAGGAGCGCGGUGUAUGGCGCGUUUUUGGGGAUCACGGAUUUGUUGAAGAAUUGGCGGUAUGCGGUGCCGUUGGUGGUGAAUCUGACGGGGAGCGUGUGGUUCUUUUUGUUGAUUGGGCAGGCUGAAUUGAGUCUUACGGUGCCGAUUACGAAUUCGCUGGCGUUUUUGUUUACGGUUAUUGGGGAUUGGUAUGUGGAGGGGAAAGUGAUUAGUCGGGAUACGUGGAUUGGGAUGACGUUGAGUUUGGUGGGGAUUGGGUUGUGUGUGCAGAGUAAGUUGUGAGGAGUGGGAGGGGGCUUGUAUAUGAUAAUAGGAUGAGGG